AAACUGGUAUAUAAUCUUUCCAAAGUCCUCAAGGCAUAGAGGUAACGAAAAUGGGGGUGGAGAUGGCUGAGGUGAAGCUUUUUUAAUAUGUCCUUUUUGGGCAACCCCGCAUACAUGCAACAUAUGCAAUGCAGCAUCUUGGUUCACGGGACCGGCAGGACAGGCGCGAAAACAAACACCUGUGAUGUGGUAAUUGAUCUGCAAAACAGAUCCCGAGAUGUGUUCCUUUGUUGCGAUAGACGCUUCAAGCACACCUGCAUGCAAGGACCUGGUGCAGAUCGAGAGGCGGCAAUGCUGGUCUGGUCUGGCAAUCAGCUCAGCCCCUGCACAUUGCGCCUCAGACGGGUGGGUGGAGUUGAAUGGGGCGCCUUGUCUUUGCUUGUGGUGAUUGGCAGGUGCCUAGGGAAACCACAGCAAGCGCUUCAGUGCUGUCCGUCUGCUUGUCUCCUGCAUCGCAGCAGGCGCGCAUGGACAGCACUGGUCGCAGUGCGUGUUCAGCGUCAGCAUCUCGCUGAACACCGCAUUGCAGUUGCCGCAGAUGAAAUUGACGCUCUCGGCGGAGUCGCACGGAAAGGCUGUCCAGUAUUCGCUCAUGGUGUGUAAGGUCUAAGGAACAAAUUGCUGAGGGUACAGGGCCAGGUCCUAGGCAGAGCGUUGUCUUCUUAUAGCCCACACUGCAGAGCAACUUCAUGGUGCGAGUCUGGAGAUCGAGAAGCGCCCGGUUAGUUAUCAAUCCAGUCGGGAGAGUACAGCGGCAGUCAUAACCAGCGCCCUGUCGGCAAUGAUCGCGUGGAGAAAGGCGCUCUCGGAAUCGGCACUCACUGAAUAGAAGGGUCGGAGCAGCACAUGGCGUCACGGGCCGG